CAAUUUUUGUUCCACAUUCCGUCGGGCAAGCAACCUAAACAUAUUAAAGUUUACAGUGAAAAAUAUUCCAUCUAACGGCAUGACACCGAUUUCGAAACAUAAAAUUUUCUUGAUUUAUUAAGCAGUUUAGAUUUGACAAAGUAGUUCAUAAAAAAGGACAUUCAAAAAUGUGUGAAUCAAAGUUGAAAUUACAUGUUGUUUUAAUAGUUUUAUGUUUAGCUUUUAAAAGUAUACACGGAGUCGAUGACUCUUUACUGUUCACGGUGACGCGUGCGCCGCGCUACUUCGGCAUUCUACAGGACCACCGCGGCCAGCCGCUCUCAGUUGAGGUCUCCGAAGAGUACAUGGACCAGGAUUACAUCGCCACUAAUAGGAAACGGCACAAGAUCGAUUGGAACAAGAAUCCCUUGGACAUGGACGAUUUCGACGACGACGACACCGAAGAGACACUCGAUGAUAAAGAUAAAGACGUCAAAGUGCCCAAUAAGUACAAUUUGCAGGCUGGACCGGUGUAAGAGUAAUUUUAUUUAUGUAACAUUGGGAACUUGAAAUGAUUUUUUGUGAUUUAUUAACUCAUAGUAAUUUUUUUUCUAAUUAUUUGACGUUAAAAGUUAUUAUGAUCAUACCGAAAGUGCUUUUAUCAGGUGAAAGUCAUAAAACUACUAUUUAAACCUACAUAAAAUAUAUUAUAUCGACUCUACUUUUAUUUGUAAUAUGGAAAAGAUGAAGCUGUCUAGUUUUCAAUACAACAAAUAAAAUUAUUGUUAUGUAGUUCUUUUUCUUAAAAAAAACUUUAAACCGCUUUCCUGUAAUAUUUCCCAAAUGCACGUUGGACGUUUUACACUGGAAAGCAGUGUCGAUAUAUAUUUGUGAAAUUUCAUGAAGUCACGGUAGCCUAACAGUUUGACUUACUGCCACUCAAGCAAAAGCCGGUUCGAAUGCGGUCUCGUUUUGCAGAAGUUACGUGCGAAAUUUAAUUGGAAAUUUUCAUGAGCUUUUCAGGGUAAUCUAUCACAAAGUCGAAUUUUUUUUUGUCCGAAAUGACGUUUGUUCGAAUUUUCAUUACACU